UCUCCUCUCUCUCUCGUUGCAGAGUGUAUGAACUGCACCGGCUUCACUGACAUGAACAGCAGACUGAACUACAUCGAGUCCAAGAUUAGGCUGUUAGACGGGGCAGCUUCACCGGCACCGUCCUUCAACAACUCAACAGAGGGCUCCAGUGAUAACGAGGUGUACACCACUAACCCCACCCCCAUAGGCCCUCCAUCCUACCUGCAGCCAGGAGGAAGAGGACCACCAGGACCAAUCGGAUCACCAGGAAUUCCAGGCCCAGCUGGCGAGGCAGGGGUUCCAGGACAGACUGGACCGACAGGGCCAAUGGGAGAGAGAGGAAGACCAGGAGAGAUCGGUCUUCCAGGCCUCCCCGGACCUCCAGGCCCUCCAAGGCCACGUCCCUCCUCUACCCAGCCGAGGGGUGACAUGUUCGGGUUCGACGAGCAGGAGGAGACCCCUCUUACGCCAACUCUUCCUCACUUCGUAGCUGGCCCUCCCGGUCCACCUGGUCCCCUUGGACCCCCAGGUCCCCCUGGACCAAUCGGCCCAGCAGGAGUCCCAGGUCUCCCAGGGCGAGACACAGAGGGAGGCCUCCAAGGCACGGCUGGGGAUCCUGGGUCUAAAGGAGACGCAGGGGAGAGGGUGAGGCAAAAUGUUACCCCCUAAUGUUCUCAUUAGAAAAACACUGGACUGCUUUAGAAUUAAUUUGUUAUGAAUGUUUCAGUGAGUAUACUCCAACACUAUCUUUGAUCCAUUGUGAACAAGAUAUCUGUUUUGAUCAGGAGGUAGACAGGAUUUUUCUUUAAAAGACCUUGUGUUCAAAUACUAAGUCUGCCUCCCGAAUGGAGAACACUAAUUUUGACCAGGGACCAUUCGCGACGCAUCCAUACUCAGCAUAUGUCAGACUUCACUGAUCACAAAAGUAAACUUCCCAUUCAGCCAUAAUUAAUCAGCGUGUCAGACCUCACUGAUCACAACAAGGGGAGGGGGGGGUUCUAUGAUAAC